UUGGGGCCUGUGGUUGGUGCCCUGGCCUCAGAGCAGGAAGGAUGCCCCCAGACAGCUCAGACCUUCUCAGACAGACCACAGAGUCUCCAAAGAGAUACCAAAGUCUGUCAGGCUUCUGCUGUAAUGCACUUUCACAUGUGGCCACCCACCCACAUGCCCUCAGAGUCAACCCUCUUCCUGUUGCCUCAUCCCAUAUCCUGACAGCCUCCCCCAGUUUGUUAGCUCCUAACUUCAAUUUCAGCCACACGGGCCUUCCAGGUGGGCUGCAGAAAGCAAUGGAGUUUAGAUUCAUUUCUUCAUUCAAAUGUUCAACACAUUUUUGUUGUGCAUUUUGUGCCAAACCACCUUCUCUCCAUCAGAGAACAAAAUAGACCCAGCUCCUUCUUCCUCGUAGAGCUUACUGUCCGGAGGGGGAGAUGGGCAUCGACACACCAUCAUACAAAUUUCCGAGCACUGCAUUGAGAAUUAUUAAAAUACAGUUAAUUCAGACCUCGACUUGAAUCCCAGUGCUGCCACUUGCCAGCCCGGUGACCCUUGGUCUCUUCGGUGGUAAAGCUGGGAUAAUACUAAUUUCCCUGCAGAGGCACCAUCAGGACAGCUUGGGGAAGCACAGUGCCUUGUACGCUGAGGUAGCUCACAGCAUGUAAGCACCCACCCCUGUGCCCUAGCCCAGUGCCAUUUGUCAUUCGGAUGUCACGGGCCACCUUCAGUCUGUAUGAAGAGUCCUGGUCCCAGGUCCCUGGCCAGCUCGAGACUUCUGAGUGGUGAGGCCUUUGUGUUUGAUCACGCUGGCUGCCAAGAUGGGAAGAUGCAAGCAGAGGUCAGAGUGGUACAAUGUGAGAUGGACUCAGUCUGCCACUGCUGGCGUUGAAGAUGGAAGGGGGCCACAAGCCAAGGAAUGACAGAAAUGUCUAGAAACCGGAAAAGGCAGGGAAAUGGAUUUCCCCCCAUACCCUCCAGAAGAAAUGGAAGCCUGCUGACACUUUUUUCUUAGCCCAGCGAGACCCACUUUUGACGGCCAGACUGUAAGAUAAGAAAUGUGUGUUGUCUUACGCUGCUAAAUGCUGUGGUAAUUUGUUUCAGCAGCAACAGGAAACUAGUCAAGAGCCCUGUCUUUGGAGUCAAACAGCUCUGUAGUUUCCCUGCUGUGUGACCCCAGGCAAGAUGCUGGUGCCCUCUGAGUCUCGUUGCCUUGCCUACAAAAUAGGGUUGGGGGGGGCGGUUAAAACAGGAAACAUUUGGAAGGUGCUCAGCACGUGCUCCCAAAAUGGCAAUGACUUUGCUCCCUCAUCCCAAGUUGCUCCCACCUCUUCUCUGACGCCACUUGGGAGGGCAGCAGUGCCAGGCACUAUGGGAGGUUCUCUGCUGGUCCUCCUCUGGGUUUUUAAAGCCAUCCUAAUUCACACCUGGCCACUUUGGAACUUGCAACAAUGCGCGCCGUGCCUCGGCUCCCGGGACGGAGGUGUGUGCUGAUGUGUAAGGCCUGGGAAGGCCAAGGCCAGCGUUCAAUGCGCAAGUCAGUGAAGGUCCCUGCGGUCAAACAGCAGACGGCUCGUUAUGGGCAUUUCUUGUAUUUGUCAGAGCCCUUUGGGAGCCCCCAAGGCCUUUACCCCAACUAGCCACAAAUCAGUAGAGUACCCGUGGGGAAUACAGUAGGACACCGUAACAAACGUCCUACCAAGUUGGCCUCCCCAUCCUUCCCCUGUCUAGGGAGACUCAGGUGGUGGGGCAGGACCUUCUAGCCCGAGGGAGUGGUGUCAUCACCGCCACCACCAUCCUAGUUCAUUCUAGUUUCUAGUCCUUCCUUCCUGUUUUAGAUUAAAGAAAAAAACCUUAGCACCAAAGUAGAACACAGUAAGGGUGUUCUUUUUCCUUCCUGAGUGGGCAUUUCACAGAGGACCUGGGCUAGCCGAUUCAAUGUCAGCUUCAUCUCCAUCCGCAGUUCCAAAGGCCAAAUAGAAAGGGGGGUGGAGGGGGUCCCUGGCCCUGGGGAAAGGGGAGGACACAGUGCCAUCAGUGGUUCCCACAGGUAUAGAUGCUGACGGUGUAGACAGCCUGUGUGUGCAAGUCCUGUUAGGCUGGGCCGCCCUGUACAGAGAACCAGGGGUGUGCUCUUUGGUCGGUGUGUCCUGGGGGUAGCCAGGCAUUCACCACUGAACCGAUCCUGCACUCCUCCCCGCACAACUCCUGUCCUUUCAUAUGGCAUCAGGGAGAGCCCACAGACUUCUACACUCGGAAACAGCUUCUGGGGCUUCCCUGGCGGUUCAGUGGUUAAGACUCCGCUCUUCCGCCGCAGGGGGCACGGGUUCGAUCCCUGGUUGGGGAACUAAGUUCCCGCCUGCCGCGCUGCACAGCCAAAAAAAAGAAAAAAGAAAAAAUAGCCUCUAUGUCUACAGGCACCACUGCAUUGUAACAAGGCAGAGGCUUCUGGUGCAGCUGACAGAGGAGCAUUUGCUUGAAGGCCCAGGCCCUGCAGAGGGGGAUUUUUCCUGGGCCCCCUACCAAAACAGCCCCCCAUCAGGACUGUAGUGAUUCACUCUCUGGAGAAGAUGAGACCACAGAUCACCCAACAAAAUAGGGACAAUGCACAUCCUCAGUGACCCCCACUCAUGGUGGACGUUGGCUUCCUGGCUCUAGCAACGUUCCUACAGUCAGCUUCCAAGGGGACACCUUGCAGGGAGGAGGUUAAGCCGAAAUAGCACCGCAGCCGAUUUGGAGAAUCACAGCUCUAUCAUUUAGCUGUAAGACCCUAUCUAGAGCCUUUGCCCCUUUGGGCCUGAGUUUCCCCAUCUGUAAAAUGAGGCUGAGCCAGGUAACCUCCAGGGGUCCCGUCGGCCCUGCCGUGCUGAGGGAGUUUAGGAAAGAGUCCUGAGAGCCAGAAGACCCCAUGAGGCCAGAGCCCCGUGCUGGCUCCCCGGUCUGGGCCACGCUGUUUAAAGACGCUGACGCUCGCCUUACUCACGACCCAGAGAAUUCCUCUGAUGCCGUAGCUCUGUUGGUCUGCAGAACAGGAUCCACCCGCCUCCACAUCAGUGCUUCUCCUCCUGGCCGCCCUCUGGAAUCGCCCAGAGAGCUUUUAAAAACACUGGCACCUUGUCUCCAGAGAGUGUGAUUUAAUUCAUCUGGGGUGGGGCCUGGGCAAUGGUGUUAUUUUUUAUAAGCUCCCCGGGUAUUUGCUAAUGUAGUUGUGACCCACUGACCCAGAUGUUGGCUGCUAGCGGCUGAAGGGUGACUGCCCGGAGGUGGGAGUGGAAACAGCUUCCCCUGCCCUUGCUGAUGUGCCAUUGCUCUUGUGUCCAUGGUACUUUCUAGUUAUCUGAGCGUCAGCCUGUCUGGCUCAAGUCAGGAUCCCUGGCUCAGGGGGUUCAACAUCCUGUAUCUCCUGGUGGCUUGUAGGUGCUCACAGGUGGUUGGAUGGGAAGAAUCAGGGCACCCCGCUCCUCCUGCAUCUCCCAAGUCCCUGGGGUCCCUGUCCCUAAUUCAGGCUUUAGCAUCCCCCGCAAGGUCUGGGGUGCGCGGGAAGGCAGGCCCGGGGUGCCUGGAGGGAGCUGUCCCGCCGCCCUCAUCCUCUGGCUGGCGAGCGUUCCUCACAGCUACCCAGCCUGACAUCAGAUCUGAGUUCACAUGAUUCUGCCUCAGCUCAGGAAUGGGCAGCCUCCAGCUGGGAUUUUCUAGUCUGAGCUAGGAGGAGUGGCCGGCGGGAGAUCGCAGGAGGGGGAGCUUGGGUCCUGGCUGCAGGGUCACCCGAGGGGGGUCCGCCAGGGCUGGGCCAGGGGUGUUCAGUCUCCUCCCCGGGCCUCUGAGAGCCAGCGAGCACUGGGACAAGCCGGCUCUUUGAGGUUUGAGGGCAGAGCUUUGCCGGGCGGGCAGAGAGGACCCAGAUCCCCUGAGGCUGCUGCUCCCUUACCUGGCGGCAACCACAGUCCCCUUCCUGGGGCCCGGACCCUGAGCAGGCGGGGGUCAGUCCAGCUGUUUCUAAACAGGAUCAUGACCCGUGAGCGGCUCCGGAAAUCAAUUUAGCAGCUCACGCCCUUAAGAAAAACAAAAUAGAGUGGAAUGAUCAGAGUGCAUGGCAAGUGGUAGGGGCCUUACCCAUCACCAGUGAGGCCCGGCCUUUGCUACAGCUUGAACCGCAUCCUAGAAACAAGAUGGCGCUAGAGAGACUGGUGCAUUCCUGAGCCCAUGAGGGGUGAGGCCCCUCCAGGCCCAGAGAUGGGGAACGUCACCGGAGACAACGGCUCGCUGAGCUGUGCCAUUGACCACACCAUCCACCAGACGCUGGCGCCGGUGGUCUAUGUCACGGUGCUGGUGGUGGGCUUCCCAGCCAACUGCCUGUCCCUCUACUUCGGCUACCUGCAGAUCAAGGCCCGGAAUGAGCUGGGCGUGUACCUGUGCAACCUGACAGUGGCCGACCUCUUCUACAUUUGCUCGCUCCCCUUCUGGCUGCAGUACGUGCUGCAGCACGACAACUGGUCCCACGGCGACCUGUCCUGCCAGCUGUGCGGCAUCCUCCUGUACGAGAACAUCUACAUCAGCGUGGGCUUCCUCUGCUGCAUCUCCGUCGACCGCUACCUGGCCGUGGCCCAUCCCUUCCGCUUCCAUCAGUUCCGCACCCUGAAGGCCGCCGUGGGAGUCAGCGUGCUCAUCUGGGCCAAAGAGCUGCUGACCAGCAUCUACUUUCUCAUGCACGAAGAGGUGGUGGAGGACCUGGACCGGCACCGCGUCUGCUUCGAGCACUACCCGCUCGAGCCCCGGCAGCGCAGCAUCAACUACUACCGCUUCCUGGUGGGCUUCCUCUUCCCCAUCUGCCUGCUGCUGGCCUCGUACCGGGGCAUCCUGCGGGCCGUGCGCCGCAGCCACGGCACCCAGAAGAGCCGCAAGGACCAGAUCCAGCGGCUGGUGCUCAGCACCGUGGUCAUCUUCCUGGCCUGCUUCCUGCCCUACCACGCGCUGCUGCUCGUGCGCAGCCUCUGGGAGUCCAGCUGCCACUUCGCCAAGGGCAUCUUCAACGCCUACCACUUCUCCCUGCUCCUCACCAGCUUCAACUGCGUGGCCGACCCCGUGCUCUACUGCUUCGUCAGCGAGACCACGCACAGGGACCUGGCCCGCCUCCGUGGGGCCUGCCUGGCCUUCCUCACCUGCGCCAGCACUGGCCGGGCCCGGGAGGCCUACCCAUUGGGUACCCCCGAGGCCCCAGGGAAGAGCGAGGAGCCCAACGUGCUGACGAAGCUCCACCCGGCCUUACAGACCUCUCAGCCACCCGGAGCGGGAGGGCCCCCAGCGGGCGGACUGGCCUAGCUGUGUCGCCCCAUCACCCACGUGCGGGGCGAAGCAAGGCCUGAGCUUGCUCGACAGCUGCUGCCCACUUGGCCAAGGCAGGUGCCUCUUGCUGCUGGAGGGGACGAUGGACCUGGGCCACGGGGCCCUGGGUCUGGGCCGCAGCACAACCUCUCUGGGUCCAGGGACCCUGCUGUGGCUGCCGAGUCCGACGGGGCUGCUCGUUGAGGGUGGGGAUAAGCUCCGACAGUGCAUGGGGGUCGUCUGCUGCCAGCUGGGCGGCUGGUGGGAGGAAGACCUGCUCACGUCCAGGAGGUUUUCAAAGAGAAGCUCGGGUGGGGGACACAGGGUGUGAGGACAUGGAGAGAGGGGCCUGGGAGAUGAGAGUGGGUACCUGGGGGCACACCUGCCAGGGCCUUCCAGUGCCGUUGUCACAGAUGACACCGGUCCAAAUGCACUGGUGUAAUCGGGGAGGUGACACACGAGAGUGUAUUGUCAUCAUUCAUACUUGAGCUUCACUCCACGAAGGGGUGGGAAGGAAGAUGAGUGGGCCCGGAGGUUGGAUGGGGAGAAGGAAUGUAGGGAGGGGUUUGGGGCACUGGGAGUGUGUGUUUGUGGGGGACAGUGGGGGAGUAACAGGUGGAGGAGAGACACCAGAUACAGCCAAGUCACAGUUUCACAGGCGAGGAGGGUUGAGCAGAUUCCCCAAGCCCCAGGGCUGAUGGAAAACAAAUCCUAGGGCUCCCUGGGGCUCCAUAGGGCGAUGUCUGUGGUCCUUUAAAGUCAGCAUUGAAGUUCAAGGGCCAGGACAGAGGCCUAAAGCAGUACGUCCAGCUGAGUUCCCUACACAGAUUCGCCUCAAUUCAUCUUGUUUCUAUCUGCCUUGAAGCACCAGACCCGGAAGCCUGCGACUUUGUGUGUGUGUGUGUGUGUCCAUGGUUAAAAUGCCAGGGUCUCCAUGACAGCUCUGCCCUAAGCCACUGAGGCUAGGGUCAUGUGACUGCUGGCAGUGUCCCCUGCCACACAGACUGGAGUGCCUAGCAGUCUCAGAGAGGAGCAUGACAUUCUCCCCAAGUUCUUAGAACAAAACAAACAACACGGAGAUGCAUGCUCUGUUAUCUCUCAGCCCAAAGCCCCGGGGUGAAGCUCCACUGUGGUUUAAAUAGCCCCUGUGACAAGAAGAGGAGGGGGCCUUGGGCUCGCCUUGCCUCCUUCGUCCUUCAGCACUGCUCCUCUGCCAGAUGUCCCACCCCACCCACCUGGAGAGUGACAGUGGGCCCACGGGCCACAUGCAGACCAGGGUACUGACCACCGUCUCUUGUUCUGUCCUGGAAGGCUGGUGAUGGGGCUCCUGCAACUUUGUGCCCAAUCUCUCCUGCAACUUUGUGCCCAAUCAUAUUAAGCCUCUGCCUGGGGGAUAUACCAAGGACCAGAGGAGCUUCUUGCUCCUCCAGGGACCUGCCCACCUUUUUAGAAAUGCUAGCCCUUCAGAUUUCCUGGUCGGUGGGCUGGAGCCAGUUCUGACUUCCCCCAAAGACCUGGGAUUUGAGCUCUCACAGCUAAGAGGCUAGGUGGGCUCAAGCCCGGGGAGGGACCAGGGAUGGGAAGAUAGAAGCUGGCAUCAGCAGAAGAUUUCUGGAAUCUGUUAAAGGGCUGCCAGGGAGAAUAUUUUUUUCAAUCUCUCUUCAUGUCUCCCCUCCCCUCUCCCAGAAGUAGAUUCACCCUGAGUUUCUUAACCCUCCCAUCAGAGGUGUCCAAAGACUGAUAGCCCAGGGUGGGUGUGCCCUAAGGAAGUGGGGUUCCAGGGCUUGCUCUAGCUCCUUCUGGAUGGCCUUCCAUAACCUGGGGAGGUUCUCUUCCCCUUCACGGAGGAGGAACUGACCAGGUCUGCAGGUAGCAAAAAAAAGGCCACCCAGCCCCAGACCAGGAUUACAAGGGCAAUGACACUGGUUGAGACCUCCAUGCUUCCUCAUUCCAAAUUUCCUCCUGUUUUGAUCUUAAACAUGGACAUUCCCACUGGGAUAAACUGGCAUGAGCUGAGGGCAGUUCCAUUUACUAUCAAGAGUUGUAUUUUUGUAUUGUCCUCUCUUUUAUGCCAAGUGUACAUGUGUUGGACCAUGCAAUGGAUUUAUGUAGCAAACUUGAGUCUGCAAAUAAAGCAAAGUAACCAGCCACA